GUUAUGCUGAUUUUGAGUUUUUGCUGCAGAAAAUUUUACCAAUGAUUUCCAAGCAUGAUACCGACUUCAGAAAAGCUAUACCAGCUAAAUUUCGUCUUGCCAUAACGCUACGAUUUUUAGCAUCUGGUGAUUCUUACAAAAGCCUACACUACUUGUUUAAAGUAUCUGUCCCUAUGAUAUCAAAAAUCAUUCGUGAAGUUUGCCAAGCUCUUAAUGAAGUUUUAAAGGAUCAAGUUAACAUGCCCACCACAGCAGAAGAAUGGCUUAAAAUAGAAAAAGGAUUCAGGACCAAAUUUCUACAUUCCAUAGGUUCAUUGGAUGGCAAGCAUAUAGUCAUACACAGCCCAUCUCAUAGUGGAACAGAGUAUUUCAAUUACAAGAAAACUUUUAGCAUUGUCCUUUUGGCAUUAGUGGAUAGCCAACAUAAAUUUAUAUUCGCAGACAUAGGGAGUCAAGGAAGAAUAAGUGAUGGUGGAGUUUUUAACAAUUCGUUAUUAUGGCAAAAAAUCUCUAAUAACGAAAUAAAUUUUCCCUCGUCAUGUCCACUUCCAGGAUCGAAUAUAAAUGUGUCUUACAUAUUUUUAGCUGACGGUGAUUUUGCAUUGAGUAAACAUGUAAUGAAGCCCUACCCUGGAAACCAUGACGUCGGUUCACCAAAAAGAUUAUUUAACCAAAACUAAUCCCGCUCCCGAGUUGUAGUAGAAAAUACGUUUGGAAUUUUAAUUUCAGUGUUCAGAAUUUUUAGACGCCCUAUGGACUUAGAUCCACAAACUGUGUCGAAACUUACGAUGACUUGUGUAUUGCUACAUAACUAUUUGAGAACAAGUAAAAGUUCCUCAAAUCGAUAUACUCCUCAGGGAUCGUUUGACGUAUAUGAUAGUAGUGGAAAUAUGGUGACCCCUGGUUCGUGGCGAAAUGAAAUCAAUGGAUAUAAUGCAUUGCAAAAUUUGCCUUAUGUACCACGAAGAUCUCCGCUGAAUGCCAGACAAAUCAGAGACGAAUUUACUUCGUAUUUUAGUAGAAAUUUCUAAGUUCAUGAAAAUUAAAAAUAAAAUUAUAAAUAAAUGUGGUUUCAUUGAUUUAAAAUAAAC